CCCGGAGCCUCCCAGGCAGCCAGCGAGCGAGGGGAGCGCUCUGGAAUGGGACUUGGAGGAGGCGGCGGCGCAGUAGACGGCUGCAGCGGCUAGGGCUCCUUGCUCGUUUCCCACGAGCGAUCCCCGAGGACAGCCGCGGCCCUCGGCGGGGCGAGGAGGCCAGAAAGGGAGACCCGCGGGGCUGCGCCUCUGCCUCGCUUCGCAGGCGCCAGCGGCGGUGGCUGCAGCCUUGCUCUUCUUCCUCCUCUUGAAAAUGGAGUCCAUGCUGGUGGGCUGCGUGCUGCUUCUCCUGGGACAGAACCUCUUCCUCUCAUCUGCGGCCAGAGAGCGUCCACACACUAGGUCCUUCUCCCGGGGCAGACAUGCUCGGACCCACCCCCAGACGGCCCUCCUGGAGAGCUCCUGUGACAAUAAGCGAGCAGACCUGGUUUUCAUCAUUGACAGCUCCCGCAGUGUCAACACCCAUGACUAUGCAAAGGUCAAGGAGUUCAUCGUGGAUAUCUUGCAGUUCUUGGACAUUGGUCCAGAUGUCACCCGGGUGGGUCUGCUCCAAUAUGGCAGCACGGUCAAGAACGAGUUCUCCCUCAAGACCUUCAAGAGGAAAUCUGAGGUGGAACGAGCGGUCAAGAGGAUGAGGCAUCUGUCCACAGGCACCAUGACAGGGCUGGCCAUCCAGUAUGCCCUGAACAUUGCAUUCUCAGAAGCAGAGGGGGCACGGCCCCUGAGAGAGAAUGUGCCUCGAGUCAUAAUGAUUGUGACAGAUGGGAGGCCCCAGGACUCUGUGGCUGAGGUGGCUGCAAAGGCGCGGGACACAGGCAUCUUGAUCUUUGCCAUUGGUGUGGGCCAAGUGGACUUCAACACAUUGAAGGCUAUUGGGAGUGAGCCCCAUGAAGACCAUGUCUUCCUGGUGGCCAACUUCAGCCAAAUCGAGUCGCUGACCUCGGUGUUCCAGAACAAGUUGUGCGUGGUCCACAUGUGCAGCAUCCUGGAACACAACUGUGCCCACUUCUGCAUCAACACUCCUGGCUCAUAUGUCUGCAGGUGCAAACAAGGGUACAUUCUCAACUCGGAUCAGAAGACUUGCAGAAUCCAGGAUCUGUGUGCCACGGAGGACCAUGCCUGUGAGCAGCUCUGUGUGAACGUGCCGGGCUCCUUCGUCUGCCAGUGCUACAGUGGCUAUACCCUGGCUGAGGAUGGGAAAAAGUGUGUGGCUGUGGACUACUGUGCCUCAGAAAACCAUGGGUGUGAAUACGAGUGUGUAAAUGCUGAUAACUCCUACUUGUGCCGAUGCCGUGAAGGAUUUACCCUUAACCCAGAUAAAAAAACAUGUGCAAAGAUAGACUAUUGUGCUUCUCCUAACCACGGAUGUGAGCACGAGUGUGUUAGCACUCAUGAUUCCUACUCCUGCCGCUGCCUCAAAGGUUUCACCUUGAAUCCAGACAAGAAGACGUGCAGAAGGAUCAACUACUGUGCACUGAACAAACCUGGUUGUGAGCAUGAAUGCGUCAACACAGAGGAGGGCUACUACUGCCGCUGCCACCGGGGCUACACUCUGGACCCAAAUGGCAAGACCUGCAGCCGGGUGGACCACUGUGCUCAGCAGGACCAUGGCUGUGAGCAGCUGUGCCUGAACACGGAGGAGUCCUUUGUCUGCCAGUGCUCAGAAGGCUUCCUCAUCAACGAGGACCUCAAGACCUGCUCCAGGGUGGAUUACUGCCUGCUAAGUGACCACGGUUGUGAAUACUCUUGCGUCAACACGGACAGAUCCUUUGUCUGUCAGUGUCCCGAGGGAUAUGUGCUCCGCAUCGAUGGCAAGACCUGUGCAAAAUUGGACUCUUGUGCUUUGGGGAACCAUGGUUGUGAACAUUCGUGUGUAAGCAGUGAAGACUCGUUUGUGUGCCAGUGCUUUGAAGGGUAUAUACUCCGUGACGAUGGGAAAACCUGCAAAAGGAAAGACGUCUGCCAAGAUGUGGCCCAUGGCUGCGAGCACAUUUGUGUGAACAGUGAGGAAUCGUUCAUCUGCAAGUGCUUGGAGGGCUUCAGGCUGGCGGAGGAUGGGAAGCGCUGUAGAAGGAAGGACGUCUGCAAAUCAACCCCUCACGGCUGCGAACACAUUUGUGUCAACAAUGGCAAUUCCUACAUCUGCAAGUGCUCAGAGGGAUUUGUUCUAGCUGAGGAUGGAAGGCGGUGCAAGAGAUGCACUGAAGGACCAAUUGACCUGGUCUUUGUGAUUGAUGGAUCCAAGAGCCUUGGAGAAGAGAAUUUUGAGAUCGUGAAGCAGUUUGUCACUGGAAUUAUAGAUUCCUUGGCAAUUUCUCCCAAAGCUGCUCGAGUGGGGCUGCUCCAGUACUCCACGCAGGUCCGCACAGAGUUUACCCUGAGAAACUUCAACUCCGCCAAAGACAUGAAGAAAGCUGUAGCCCACAUGAAGUACAUGGGCAAGGGCUCUAUGACGGGGCUGGCCCUGAAACACAUGUUUGAGAGAAGUUUUACCCAAGUAGAAGGGGCCAGGCCCCUCUCCACACGGGUGCCCAGAGUGGCCAUCGUAUUCACAGACGGACGGGCUCAGGAUGACGUCUCCGAGUGGGCCAGCAAAGCCAAGGCCAAUGGUAUCACUAUGUAUGCUGUUGGGGUUGGAAAAGCCAUUGAGGAAGAACUACAGGAGAUUGCCUCUGAGCCUACUGACAAACAUCUCUUCUAUGCAGAAGACUUCAGUUCAAUGGGCGAGAUAAGUGAAAAGCUAAAGAAAGGCAUCUGUGAAGCUCUAGAAGACUCUGAUGGAAGACAGGACUCCCCAGCAGGGGAACUGCCAAAGAGGGUCCACCAGCCAACAGAAUCUGAGCCAGUCACCAUAAAUAUCCAAGACCUACUUUCCUGUUCUAAUUUUGCAGUGCAACAUAGAUAUCUAUUUGAAGAAGACCAUCUUUCACGGUCUACACAAAAACUUUUCCACUCAACAAAAUCUUCAGGAAGCCCUCUGGAAGAAAAACACGAUCAAUGCAAAUGUGAAAACCUCAUAAUGUUCCAGAACCUUGCAAAUGAAGAAGUAAAAAAAUUAACACAGCGCUUAGAAGAAAUGACACAGAGAAUGGAAGCCUUGGAAAAUCGCCUGAGAUACAGAUGAAGACUAGAAACACUCCACACAUCCUUAUGUCACUGUAUCAAGAAUUGCAAUGGAAGCAGCACAGAGCCCCAAAGCUCAGGCUAUUAGGUCUAUAAUGUUGGGAAGUAAAACACAACCAGUUCAGAGGAAGCUGGUUUACUAUACAAAGAAAAUAAAAUACCAACUUGUAUAAAUUUAUUUAGGGGAGGGGAACUUCAGAAUUUUGAUGAGUUUACCAUAAGAAUAAAUAAGCUAUGCAAGGUAUUUUGUAAUGUUCUGUGGAUAUAAUUUGCUUCUGCCUCAUCCUGCCUUAGUGUUGUAAUCUCAUCGACUACAAAAUAUUUUGCAGUCUUACUUCUUAGAACACUGGCCAUAGGAAAUGCUAAUUUUUUGUAUUGGACUUUACCUUGAUAUAUGUAUAUGGAUGUAUGCACAAAAUAAUAGGACAUAUGUACUUGUGUAACAAGUUGAAUUUUUUUAUACAAUAUUAAAAUUUAUCACUUCAGAGAAUA